AUGGCAAAAGCAGAAGGCCCCGUCGCGACGGUGACGAUGACGACGACGACAACGCCAGCCAGCACUUGGAAAGGAUGGUUGUGGGAUUCGGCCGACGUCUCAAAGGAGGAAAGAUGGUUUCUCCUCAAGUUAGAUUUCACCCUUUUGACGUUUGGAACGCUUGGAAUGUUGAUCAAAUGGAUUGAUACCUCAAAUAUCACCAAUGCGUUCGUCUCAGGCAUGAAGGAAGAUCUCAAUCUCUAUGGAAAUCAGUACAACUACAUCGUCGUAUCAUGGACAGUGGGCUACAUUAUCGGACAAUGGCCAUCGAACUUCAUCUUGACUCGAGUCCGCGCUCACAUCUGGAUCCCUUUCCUUGAAAUCGGUUGGACAAUUUUCACCUUCAGCCUCGCAGGCGCAAAGUCGUACAGUGCAAUGCUCGGCCUUCGAUUCAUCGUCGGUCUCUUCGAAGCCGGUUACUGGCCAGCACUUUACUACAUUCUGGGCAGUUGGUACACUAAACGCGAACUUGGAAAGCGCAACGGAAUUUUGCAGUCGGCAGUAUCAAUCGCACCGAUUUUCAGUGGAUUUCUGCAAGCCGGAAUCUAUAAUUCACUCAACGGGCACGCUGGCCUGGCCGGUUGGAGAUGGCUCUUUGUCAUCAAUGGUGUCAUUUCUUUGCCAAUCGCCAUCCUCGCUUACUUCUGCUUACCCGAUACCCCUGGGACUGCCAAACCGAACUGGUUGUUCUCAGAACGUGAAAUCGAACUUUCCCGGGAAAGAAUGGCAAGAGUCGGCCGAGCCCCUGAGGGCAAGCCUUACACGGUCAAAGUGAUUCUCGGAUAUUUCACCAGCUGGAAGACGCUUCUCUUCACGCUUAUCUUCACAAUGCAACCUUUUGGAGCCCAGCCAUCCACUUCAUUCGUCUUCUGGCUUAAAGCGCAUAACAAGAAAGGCAAACCCCCUGUCUAUAGCAUUGCACAAAUUAACGAGUAUCCAACCAUCACCAACGCCGUCACCACUGUGUGGUCUCUGCUCGCAGUCUGGAUCUCUGAUGGGCCCAUGAGAGGCCGACGUUGGCCUGCCAUCAUCUUCGCCAAUCUCGUCGGCAUCGUCAUUUACACGCUACUCGCCGUAACUCCCGUCUUCGGCCCUUUCCAUCACCGCGCACCCCUUUAUAUGCUGUCCUCGAUUGGAGGAACUACUGUUCCCUUGACCAUGGCAUGGAUGGCAGAAUUGAUUUCUGACAACGCCGAGCAAAGAGCUUUUACCGCCGCGGCCAUGAACACUCUUCAAUUCACCCCGGGAAACCGAGCCGCCGCGGUGGUGGGAGGGCUCAACGUGAUUGUGUUCAUGAUCAUUGUUGUCUUCGCUCACCGGGAGAAGAAGCAAAAGAAGAGAAACAAUCAACUCGAGCCUGCCGCCCAUGGAUCGGACGCAGAUUCAGAUUCGCAUUCGCAUCCAUCCAGCAUCGGCGACGCCAAGGAGAAGAGGGCGUCGAUCAGUGUGCACGAAGCCUAG